AUGCAAGGUCAGCAUAUACUAAUAACUGGUGCCGCCGGUGGUAUUGGUUUUGUUAUUGCACGUUUAUUUCUUGAACAAGGUGCUAAUGUUUCUCUACAUUAUCAUCGUACAUUUGAUACUCUAACUCCAUUACUUAAUCAAUAUGCUGAUCGUUGUUUUACUGUUUCAGUAAAUUCAACCGAUGAACAAGCUGUACAACAAGGAAUCGAACAAAGUUGUAAUCGAUUUGGUCUUAUUAAUGUUUGUAUUAUUAAUCAUGCUAUUUAUGUUGAGGAAGAAACUCCAAUAUGGGAAAUGUCACUUGAACAAUGGAAAAAUACAAUGGAUGUGAAUUUAACAUCUUAUUUUCUUUAUGCACGUGAAUGGUGUCGACAACUAAAACGUUUAACAUCAACAAUAGAUACUAAUAAUUUAAAUGCUAAUUUAAUUUUUAUUGGUUCAACAGCUGGUAAAUUUGGUGAAGCAAAUCAUAUUGAUUAUGCUACAUGUAAAGGUGCACUUCAAUCAGGUUUUAUAAAAUCUUUAAAAAAUGAAAUUAUUCAUAUAAUUCCACAAGCAAGAUGUAAUAUAGUUGCACCUGGAUGGACACGUACACCAAUGGCUGAAAGUUCAAUUGAACAAGGAAGACAUUUAAAAGCUUUACGAACAAUGCCAUUACGAAAAGUAGCUACAACAGAAGAUGUUGCUCAAGCUUGUUUAUUUUUUGCAUCAAAUAAAACAGCUGGACAUUUAACAGGAAAUGUUUUAAUGGUACAUGGUGGUAUGGAAGGACGUGUCUUAUGGCCGGAAAAUUCUGAAUAG